GCAGCACCCCGCGCGGCCGCGCCUCUCGCCUUUCGUCCUCCCGUCCGGCCCUCGGCCCCGCCGCGCCGCGCCAUGCCCGCCGUGGACAAGCUCCUGCUGGAGGAGGCGUUGCAGGACAGCCCCCAGACUCGCUCUCUGCUGAGCGUGUUUGAAGAAGAUGCCGGCACCCUCACGGAUCACACCAACCAGCUGCUGCAGGCCAUGCAGCGCGUCUACGGAGCCCAGAAUGAAAUGUGCCUGGCCACGCAGCAGCUCUCCAGGCAGCUCCUGGCGUAUGAGAAGCAGAAUUUUGCUCUUGGCAAAGGCGAUGAAGAAGUCAUCUCCACGCUGCACUAUUUUUCCAAGGUGGUGGAUGAGCUUAACGUUCUCCACACAGAGCUGGCCAAACAGCUGGCAGACACAAUGGUUCUGCCCAUCAUACAGUUUCGAGAAAAGGAUCUCACAGAAGUAAGCACUUUAAAGGAUCUUUUUGGACUCGCCAGCAACGAGCACGACCUCGCGAUGGCCAAGUACAGCAGGCUGCCCAAGAGGAAGGAGAAUGAGAAGGUGAAGACCGAGGUUGGUAAGGAGGUGGCGGCCGCCCGGCGGAAGCAGCACCUGUCGUCGCUGCAGUACUACUGCGCCCUCAACGCGCUGCAGUACCGCAAGCGGAUGGCCAUGAUGGAGCCCAUGAUCGGCUUCGCCCACGGACAGAUCAACUACUUUAAGAAGGGAGCAGAGAUGUUUUCCAAAAGUAUGGACGACUUCCUGUCCUCCGUGGCAGACAUGGUGCGAAGCAUUCAGGUGGAGCUGGAAGCGGAAGCGGAGAAGAUGCGGGUGGCCCAGCAGGAGCUGCUUUCCGUGGACGAGUCCGUCUACACUCCGGACUUCGACGUGGCGGCCCCGCAGGUCAACAGGACCCUCAUCCAGAAGGCCGGCUACCUCAACCUGAGAAACAAGACGGGGCUGGUCACCACCACCUGGGAGAGGCUGUACUUCUUCACGCAAGGCGGGAACCUCAUGUGCCAGCCGCGCGGAGCCGUGGCCGGGGGCCUGAUCCAGGACCUGGACAACUGCUCCGUGAUGGCCGUGGACUGUGAGGACCGCCGCUAUUGCUUCCAGAUCACCACGCCCAACGGGAAAUCGGCGAUUAUCCUGCAGGCUGAGAGCAGGAAGGAGAACGACGAGUGGAUCUGUGCAAUAAACAAUAUCUCCAGGCAGAUCUACCUGACGGACAACCCGGAGGCGGUCGCCAUCAAGCUCAACCAGACGGCCCUCCAAGCGGUGACUCCCAUUACAAGUCUGGGGAGAAAGCAAGAGAGCCCGUGCACCAGCCAGAACCCGACCAAUUCAGAGAUGGAAAGUGCCAAGCUCAUUCCCAAAGCAGCAGUCGGUGUAACUGACACGGAAGAGCUGAUUGCCCCCGGGACACCCAUCCAGUUUGACAUUGUCCUCCCUGCUACGGAAUUCCUUGAUCAGAACAGAGGGAGCAGGCGGGUCAAUCCUUUCGGGGAAACUGAGGACGGAUCAUUUCCAGAAGCAGAAGAUUCCCUGCUGCAGCAGAUGUUCGUAGUUCGGUUCUUGGGCUCCAUGGCGGUUAAGACAGACAGCACGCCUGCAGUGAUCUACGAGGCCAUGAGACAAGUCCUGGCCGCUCGCGCCAUCCAUAACAUCUUCCGCACGACGGAGUCGCACCUGGUGGUCACGAGCCAGGCCCUGAGGUUGAUAGAUCCUCAGACUCAAGUAUCGAGGGCCAAUUUUGAACUCACCAGUGUCACGCAGUUUGCGGCUCACCAGGAAAACAAGAGACUGGUGGGCUUUGCCGUCCGCGACCCUGAGUCCACGGGAGAAGAGUCUCUGAGCACAUACAUUUUUGAAAGCAACUCGGAAGGCGAAAAGAUAUGUUAUGCUAUUAAUUUGGGGAAAGAAAUUACUCAAGUUCAGAAGGAUCCAGAGGCGCUGGCUAAAUUAAUGCUGUCCGUUCCACUAACCAAUGAUGGGAAAUAUGUACUGUUAAACGACCAACAAGACGACAGUGACGGAGGUCCAAGUGAACACAGAGGCGCAGAAUCUGAAGCCUAGCUCGCUGCGCCCACGGGGAUGAGCACCGCGGGAGGAGGGCUCCCUCCCUGAAGUUUUCCACUUCUCUGACACACAGGCACACUGAGCCGGGCUCAGGAUGCUGACCGUCGGUGGCGGAAUGCCCUCUGAUGCCUUGGUGCUGAGACUCGAGAGGGAAACUGGAGAUGGCUGGCAGCCUUGCUACCCAUCUGCAGAUGCUAUUUAGGGGCUUCGUGGUGAGUCCUGGCCUUAGAUUGCAUUGUUCAGAACUCAGAAUGAAAUUUACAAAAAAUGCAUAGUUCACUUUAUCUGAAUGUCAUCUCCAGUGUCCUUUUUAAAAUGGCAAGUCUAGAUUUACAAUUUGAUAAGCACUAAAUAUUUCCUAUUAAUAUAAUCUAUUUUUGUAUUUCACUUAACGAGCUUUAAGUGCCUGUCAUUCUGAAACUCUGUUCAUAGUCCGCUCCUCUCCUGAUUGGACUGAGUCACUGCUAUGUGCACUCGGGUGCUGGGCGCUGCUCCGGGGCCCCGGCUCUGGUAGAUGCAGGUCUGGUUAGGUAAGUGUCCCACACAGCGUGCACCAGCAAGACUGGCAGCUGCGCACUUUCACAGAACCGCGCUGCACCAGCAUUCACAAGGCGAGGUCCACGAGAUAGGACGGUCGUGAGUGCUGGGUCACUGUGGCUGCGGGCAGCUCUACCAGUUCCUGUUUCUUCUGAGCCAGACCCUCCUCAAGGAAGGGACCAAUUAGUUUAAAAACUCACUUGAAGCGCGGCUGGCUGCGGAGCCUGGAAUAAAGUUCCCAUUUUCAGCCUGAUUCUUCUGGUUCCGGGAACCCUAGCCCUCCCCCAUCCCUCCUACCCAUGAAAGGUGACAUGAUCAUGAAUUGGUACAGUGUUCAGCUGUAAUCAGUUUCAACAAUUAUGUAAUUACCUUUGUAAUAACUUAAUCUAGCAAUAAAAAUUACCAUUCUG